AUGCAGACAUCGUAUCCUUCCCCAUGGGGCGCGGCAGGACACAAGAAGUUCAUGUAUGUAAAACCGCCCUGCCCUCCGCCGUACGAAGUCGGGCCCUGGGACAAGGGCUGGGCUGCCCUCGCCAAGUCAGAGAGGUGUUACCAUAGUACUAUGUAUAAUGCCAAGGGAGGAAUCAAUCGAAACCCCCCCGACCAUGCCAUCUACAGGCUGGGCGUUGUUUUGGCAGACGGGAAGAUCGUAGGGAGGAGGCCCAUCCAAGAAGGGCGCCUAAGAAACACCAAGAACGAUGUGCGAUGGUAG